CUCCUUGCUAAAGAGAGUCAACGGUGAUUGUGUGCGUUGGAGGUUUUGUGGCGCCAAUUACGCUACUUUCUGAUUUCAUGUGAUUUAUUUGAUUAUUUCGAAGAUGCCAGCGUUUUUGAAGCAUAUUGAGGUCGAGAACUUUAAGUCUUAUAAAGGAAAGCUUAUUAUCGGACCCCUGAAGUCCUUUACAGCGGUUGUUGGCCCCAAUGGAUCCGGAAAAUCUAAUUUUAUGGACGCCAUUAGUUUUGUUAUGGGUGAGAAGACUAGCAGCUUGCGAGUCAAAAGAUUUAGCGAACUCAUUCAUGGUGCAUCCAUUGGGAUGCCAGUGGCUCGAAGUGCUUCAGUGACAGCUGUAUUUGAAUUAGAAGAUGGAACAGAGAAAAGUUUCAUGCGUUCAGUUCAAGGUUCUUCUUCUGAGCACAGAAUAAACAAUAAUGUUGUUACCAGUCAAGUAUAUCUUAAUGAAUUGGAGCAGCUUGGUAUUAAUGUUAAAGCAAAAAAUUUUUUAGUAUUCCAAGGUGCUGUAGAAUCUAUAGCUAUGAAAAAUCCAAAGGAACGCACUGCUUUAUUUGAGGAGAUCAGUAAUUCCGGUGCAUUAAAAGCAGAAUAUGAAAGAUUAAGAACAGAAAUGUUGAAAGCUGAAGAGGAAACCCAAUUUUCAUAUCAGAAAAAGAAAGGAAUUGCUGCUGAAAGAAAAGAGGCAAAAUUAGAAAAAGAGGAAGCUGAAAAAUAUCAACGUCUAAAGGAAGAAUAUGUCGAAAAACAAGUAGAGUUGCAACUAUUUCGGUUAUUUCAUAAUGAGAAGAGCACUGAAAAUUUUGAAGUUUCGCAAAAGAAGAAACAACAUGAAAUUGAGAAAAUUGAAAAAAAGAAAGAGAAGGCUGAGGAGUUGCUGAAAGAGAAGAAAAAGGAUGCUGCAAAAUUAGGCAGAGAUCUUGCUAAGAUAGAACAAGAUAUCAGGGAAGUGGAAGUGGAGAUUACGAAAAAGAGGCCGACGUUUAUCAAGGCCAAAGAACGCGUCGCACAUAUGCAGAAGAAAGUGGAAUCCGCACGCAAAUCUUUGGCUCAGGCGCGUAUUGCGGACGAAGCUCACAAAAAAGAUAUACAUGAGCUACAAGAGGAAUUGCGACAGGUGGAAGAAGCUAAAGCCGCUUAUGAAGCAAGUAUAGCGGGACAAUCUCAAUUGCAAGGAAGAGACGUGCAAUUGGAAGAUGAACAGGUGCGAGAAUACAAUCGUUUGAAAGAGGAAGCUGGCAAGCAAUCUGCUAGAUAUCUUCAGCUUCUCGAUUCGAUCAAUCGCGAACAAAAAUCGGAUCAAGAUAGACUUGACAAUGAGGGCAGGAAGAAAACCGAGAUAGAAAAUAAGCACAAGCAGAAGGGUCAUAUGCGAGAUGAGGCUCUCAAGCGAGUGGAAAAAUUGGAAGAACAUAUAAGAACAUCGGAGGCUGCGUUGGAGGAUCAGAAAAAGCUCAGAGCUGAUUUACAAUCUGAUGUAGGCACAUCGAAGGAUAAAAUCCAAAAUUUACAGCGCGAGUUGGAAAGCAUUUCGGAACAACUCGGUGAUGCUAAAGUCGACAAGCAUGAAGUAUCCAGAACUAAGAAAAAGACGGAAAUUGUAGAAAAUUUUAAACGUCUGUUUCCCGGAGUGUUUGAUCGCAUGUACAACAUGUGCGAGCCGAUACACAAGCGAUAUAAUGUUGCUAUUACGAAAGUACUUGGCAAAUACAUGGAGGCUAUCGUAGUAGAUACAGAGAAAACAGCCAGACAGUGUAUUCAGUAUCUGAAGGAGCAGUAUCUUGAACCGGAAACGUUUCUCCCACUCGAUUAUAUACAAGCUAAGCCACUAAAAGAACGUCUUCGCAACAUACAAGAACCAAAAAAUGUAAAAUUACUGUACGAUGUGUUGCAUUUCUCUCCGAAGGAUAUUGACAGAGCAGUCCUCUUUGCAACUAACAAUGCCCUUGUAUGCGAGACACCAGAAGAUGCAAAUAAAGUAGCAUAUGAGAUGGACAAGAAAACUAGAUACGAUUGCGUCGCAUUAGACGGCACUUUUUAUCAGAAGGCUGGUAUAAUAUCCGGUGGCAGUUUAGAUCUUGCAAAGAAGGCGAAGAGAUGGGAUGAAAAACAAAUGUCUCAAUUGAAGGCACAAAAGGAAAAAUUAACGGAAGAAUUAAGAGAAUCUUUGAAAAAAUCACGCAAGGAAUCCGAAUUGAAUACGGUUGAAUCUCAAAUACGUGGUUUAGAGACUCGUCUAAAAUACAACAAGAGCGAUUUGUCCGCAACACAAAAGCAAAUUGCGGAUCUUGAAGUGGAAUUGGAUGGUCUACAAAACGACUUAAACAUGUUUGGUCCUGCAAUAGCUGCUAUUGAGAAAACUAUGUCCGAAAGAGACCAAGAAAUACAAAACAUCAAAGAAAAGAUGAACAAUGUUGAGGACGAUGUAUUUGCCAGCUUUUGUGAACAGAUAGGCGUUUCCAAUAUUCGUCAAUAUGAAGAGAGGGAAUUGAGAUCGCAACAGGAAAGAGCAAAGAAAAGAAUGGAGUUUGACAAUCAAUGCAAUCGUAUCUAUAAUCAGUUGGAUUUUGAGAAGCAACGCGACACAGAAAGCAAUGUUUUGCGAUGGGAGCGGGCGGUUCAAGAUGCAGAGGAUAAGCUUGAAUCCGCAAGACAAACCGAGUCUAAUCAAAAAGCAGAGAUUGAUCAUGAUGAGCAGCAAAUGGAGCAAUUAAAAUCGGCUCGCAAUGCUAAAAAAAUGGAGGUCGAUCAAAAAGAAGAUGAAAUCGGUAAAGCUAGACGUGAAGUUGGAGCUAUCGCGAAGGACAUUCAAGCAGCUCAGAAGCAGCUUAAUGGAAUUGAAACAAAGAUUGAACAGAAAAAGGCCGAACGCCAUGCUGUCUUGAUGCAAUGCAAGAUGGAAGAUAUCGCCAUACCCAUGUUACAUGGAAAUAUGGAAGAUAUAGCAGGUGAAACAAGCACAACAAAUGGCAGUGAAAUAAAUAACGACUCCUCCUCAGUGAGCACCCAACAGCAAUACGAACGCGAAAGAAGGAUUACUAUAGAUUAUGCACUGCUGCCUGAAAAUUUGAAGGAUGUGGAAGAAGAAGAUAUUAAAAAAACUACUGACAAGUUGACAAAAAUAAUCAACGAUUUGCAAAAUACAAUACAGCGCAUACAAGCUCCAAAUAUGAAGGCAAUCCAAAAAUUAUACUUAGCGAAAGAAAAGUUACAAGAAACUAAUGAAGAAUUUGAACAGUCUCGUAAGAAGGCGAAGAAAGCAAAAACUCAGUUCGAGAAAGUGAAAAAAGAACGACACGACAGAUUCCAGACAUGUUUUGAACAUGUAGCAAACGAAAUUGAUCCUAUUUAUAAGAGUCUAGCGAAAAAUCAAUCUGCUCAGGCAUUUCUUGGACCAGAAAAUCCCGAAGAACCCUACUUGGACGGCAUUAAUUAUAAUUGCGUGGCUCCAGGCAAACGAUUUCAACCAAUGUCCAAUUUAUCUGGUGGAGAAAAGACCGUUGCUGCAUUAGCUUUGUUAUUCGCAAUUCAUAGCUUCCAACCAGCCCCAUUUUUCGUCUUGGAUGAAAUUGACGCAGCUCUCGAUAAUACUAAUAUAGGAAAAGUGGCAAGUUACAUUCGCGAUAAAACGAGCUCUCUGCAAACAAUCGUUAUAUCAUUGAAAGAGGAAUUUUACUCACAUGCGGAUGCACUUAUUGGAAUUUGUCCGGAUGUGGGUGAAUGUUUGGAAAGCAAAGUAUUAACACUCGACUUGACUACACAUCCAACGCACAUUAACUAGACAUUAUUUAAAACAAAUAAUUAUUCUUUUCUUUUUUUUUUAUAUAUCUUUACGUUUAUUUCGGGAGGAAAAUAAAUAUUAAUCUGAAAAAUAUUAAAUAUUAUUAUAAUUUCUCAGCUGAUUGUGAGUUUAUUCAUAUUCUUUAUUCUGUGACUAAUGUAAAUAAUUUAAAAUUUGGCUUUAAUAAAAACUUGUAAA